GGUUGGGAACGAGUAAUUGUUGUGAAUACAUAAAUUGCUUUGUCUUGGCAACGGAGUGCGAAUCAAGCCAUAAUUCCAUCUUAAAAGUGAUUAUAUCAAAGAGGAAGCUAUCAUAAAACUGUGAAAUAUAUUUUAUUGACUAAUUUAAGUCAUCUUCAGACAUGGAUACAGAAUACCUAAAGAAACAUCUCGGAGAUUGCCUUACAAGAGCGCUGGCAGAGGUAGCCGAGAAAAGACCGCUUGACCCUAUUGAGUACAUAGCACAAUGGCUCUAUAAAUACAAGGAGAAUGAAAUCUAUGCAAAUGAGCAAGCAGACUUGGCUGUGAGACUGGAAGAGGAAAGGAUAGAGGCAGAGAAAGAGAAGGAGAGACAAGAGAAGAUGAGAUUAGAAGCAGAAAGAUUAGCACAAGAAGAGAAAGAAGCCAAAGAGGCUGAAGAGAGGGCAAGAGAAGAGGCCGAGGCAGCCGAGAAGGCUGCCAUUCCCAAGGAUCGUUCCAAUCUCCCAGGGGCACCCAACCUUGAAACGGUGAUGGAGGGGGAGGAAGCGAUGGAUGACGAAGCGAAGCAAGCAAAUCAGGAAACACAAGAAACCCAAGAGGAGACUGCUGCAGCAGGAGAAGGCCAACAAGAAGGAGAAACUCCAAUGGAAGAAGGAGGAGGAGAACAGGCUGCUCCUGCUGAUGCUCCUGCCGCAGCUGAAGGAGAAGCACCAGAGGGCGGGGACGGGGGCGGCCAAGAGCAAACUGCAGAAUAGAAUCUUAUCUCACAACCAUGAACAUUCUGAACAAUGACCGAUGAGGGUGUCCUUGAAAUGCGAUGUCAAAUCUUUCCAUUUUGGAAAACCUCCAGAUUAUCUCAUGGGGAUAGAGUUGGGUUUUUUUUCUGUGUGAGUCACGACCCUUUGAUGACGUCAACCAUUCAACGAGAAUUAGACCCCAUUCAUCUGGGGGUUUUCAUUUAAAUUACUUUUAUAACUGCCUUGAAUAAAGGAAGCCAGAUUCAUUUCACAGUCAGUUUUAAAGGAAGUUCAUACUGAUGUUAAGUUUGUAUUAUUUAGAGCAGAAAAUGAAAAACAAAUAUUAAUGAAGAUUUACUGGAAUCCAAUGCGGUAUUAUACAUUAUCAAUUUUCAUAGUAUCUUGUGUUUUACGUUGUUUUACGUCAAAACUGUUUCAAACUUUCAUAAGUCACAGUAAUUCAAUUUGUUUGACUGUCUGAAGUAGUUCAAUGUUUGUAGUGAUACUCAAAAACCUUUAUAGUAUCAUUUCUCUAAGAUAUCACAAUUAAUACCCCGUUUAGAUCUGUACUUCUCUGGUGGCACACUAGACAAUCGUCUGGAGCUAAUGAACACGGUAUGAAAUUCCUUUUCAAAACACGAGACUCCAGUUGUCUAUCCAGGGAGAAAGCGCACACUGCACACAAUGGUCGAGGCUAGGUGCUCAGAUAGAGAACUUCUGUUUUCUAUGCCGAGUUUAUGCCAAGACCGUUUAGAUCUACAGUCCAACAGUGGAUCACGCCAUGUGAUUGUGCUAGACUGUCUAGGAUGUAUUU